CAUUCAAGGCUUCACUUGCAAAGGAAUAGGAUUCAACUUUUUUGAAAUUAUAGAAGCAGAUAUUCACUAUGCAUCUACAGAAAAAAGGCUUGAUUGCGUUACUACAAAUGAUUGUCGCCACUUGUGCAAGAGAGCCCUCGAGCCCGAUUUGCUCGAGAUAUGACUAUGAAGAGCGGUUGUUAGAAAGAGUCCUUAGAAACGAGUUGGCUCUAGAAACCACUCUGAAUGAAAUAGUGAAAACGAACGCCAAAGUUCUGGAUGCGUUAACAAAGUUAGAAGAUGCAAAGACAAAAGUGGACUCUACGUUGGCAGUUAUGGAAAAGAAACAAAUCGAAAUGGAAUCACAACUUGCUGAUUUUAUUUCGAAUGCAUCUUACAUUAUGAACUCAACGUUAGUUGCAAAUGUGGGCGCACUGGUUGAAGCUUCAUCACAGAUAAAAGAAAAUGCUUCAGUGACGGUACAGCAACUUGUAAAGGAAGUCAAUAUUCUUAAAGAUCAGUUAAACGUCCCGACAAUUUACUUCCGUGCGCGCAUUACGGCUAGCACCACAGUUCUAUCAAGUGGUCAGGAUGUAGUCUUUCCGUAUGUGGACGUAAACGAAGGACAAGGUUAUGAUCCUUCUACAGGAAAAUUCACAGCCUCCAUCCCUGGAAUGUAUCUGUUCAGUGUCCAGUAUUGUGUCUGGGGUACCCCGAAAUAUGUUUACCUUGAAAUCGUGCAUGGAGACAAGGCAUUACAGAGGUCAACUCACUAUGAUUCAACCGGUAAUGCUCCAUGUGUGACUAUGCAGGUAUCAGCAGCGGUUGCCAUGGGGGAUAUGGUCUGGGUGCGUGCAACAGGACCGAGCUCGUUGCGUGCAGAUUCGACCAGAUAUAAUUCAUUUGCAUGCACAUUGAUCCAUGUAUAACCACAAUAAAAUGCACUGCAGCACACUACACAUCGUGAGGAAGAAGACGCCAAGUACGUGCUUUCUUAGCACAAAAGUUCUAUGUAUUUCGACUGUAUUUAAAUAUUUUUAUCGUAUAUUCGUUUGUUAAAUUAAGGUUAUUCAUGCAUAUCUGCAUGACAUAUAUGAAGAAGGUUUACUACAAAAAAAAUAUCGGUUUAAAUUGUAUAUGAUGCAUGUUUUAUGUGUUUUUGUUUUCUUUUAAAUGCUGUUGCUAUUUAUUGUUGUACUGUAUUUAAAUAGCUCUCGGUUAUAGGUAUGUCUCGCUGAGUUUAUUAAAUAUAUGAUAAAUAACUAAUUAAAUGCUAACAAUUUAAAACGAAAUAUCAAAUGAACACUAACUAAAAAGUAAAUUUCUUCUGUUUCAUGUUCAAACA